CUCCACUGCACAGCAGCCGUUAGCAUCGCGGGCUAGCAGCCGGAGCGUGUAAUGGCGGCCUCGGUGUUACUGGGGUCUGCGGAAAGCACCGGAAUCAGCUUCACGGUCGGAGCCGGCGGCAAUGCGCUGCUGGGGAACUCUAACGGACUGGGCCAGGCGGGCCCGGCGUCCUGGAACCGGUCCCUGGACCGGGCGCUGGAGGAAGCCUCGGUCAGCGGCUGUCUGAACCUCAGCGGCAGGAAGCUGAAGGAGUUCCCCCGGAGCGCCGCCAACCACGACCUGACCGACACCGUCCGGGCCGAUCUGUCCCGGAACCGCUUGUCGGAGCUUCCUCCUGAGGUCUGCCUCUUCGUGUCUCUGGAGUACCUGAACCUGUACCAGAACUGUCUGAGGUCUCUGCCGGACGGCCUCGUCAACCUGCAGGCCCUGACCCACCUCAACCUCAGCCGGAACCAGCUGUCUGUCCUCCCAGCCGUCGUCUGCAGCCUCCCUCUGAAGGUUCUGAUCGCCUCCAACAACAAACUGGUGUCCCUGCCAGAAGACCUGGGUCAGCUGAGACACCUCACCGAGCUGGACGUGAGCUGUAACGAGAUCCGGACGCUACCGUCCCAAAUGGGUCAGCUGGAGGCUCUGAGAGACCUGAACAUCAGGAGGAACCACCUGGUCCGGCUGCCUGCAGAGCUGGCAGAGCUUCCUCUGGUGCGCCUGGACUUCUCCUGCAACAAAGUGACGUCCAUCCCCGUCUGUUACCGCGGCCUCUCCCAGCUGCAGGCCAUCGUCCUCGACAACAACCCGCUGCAGAGCCCACCUGCACAGAUCUGCAUCAAAGGGAAGGUCCACAUCUUCAAGUACCUGAACCUGGAAGCCAGCAAGACCCCACCAGAGCUGCCCGAGUACGAAAGACGACCUCUGACCUCCUGUGCUGAUGAGGCGUACCCAGGACGGCCGUACGGAGCGCUCGACUCAGGCUUCAACAGCGUCGACAGCGGAGACAAGAGGUGGCUGGGCAACGAGGUGUCAGAGGAGCCGUCGGAGCUGCCGCUCAGAGACCAGCGGCGGGCGGGGCCAGGAGCAGCCGCCAUGCCCAACGGCACACACGGCGAGCCGGAGCAGAUAGACUUCAUAGACAGCUGCGUGGAGGAGGAGGAAGAGGGGAAGAGUCGGCCAGCAGGAGACCGGAGCAGCCUCAGCUCUCAGUUCAUGGCGUACAUCGAGAGGCGCAUCACCAGAGAGGGUUCUCCGGUGAAGAACAGCUUGGCCCGGGCCGAAGACAUGAGGAGACACAGCAGGAACAUGGCGGAUGGCGUCGCAAUGUCUUCUACCUCCUAUAAUCAGAGAGGAGCGUCUGGUUCUGGUUCUGGUUCUGGAGGAGUGGAGAGGAUAAGGAGGGAAGCUCAGCUCGCCGCCCUGAGGUACGAGGAGGAGAGGCAGAGGAAUCGUUCGCUGCAGAAAGACGGCGUCACCAGCUACGCCAAGCAUAAAGCUGCUCAGAGUCCGUCAAAGUCCAGUCCAGAACCUGAGAAUGUGUACCCCUCCAGGCGCUCCACACACACAGAUGACUCAGCCCUCCUGAUGCAGGGGGAGGACAGAGCAACCUUGUCUCCUACAGCCAAUCCGUCGUCUUCGUACCCUAACUCGGGGGGCGGGGCCUCCAGUCGGACAGCCGGCGUGCGGCCAGAGAGCUUCCUGUAUCGCCUCGGUCAGAAGGACGAGAAGAGAAAAGGGGACGCUGUUGCUGCGCCUCCUCAGACCAAGCAGGAGGCUGCGGCAGCUCCUCCCUUGGUGGGAGAAGAUGCAGCGCUGGUGGAACAGCUGCGGAAGAACAUCGAGGCCCGCCUGAAGGUGGCGCUGCCGAGCGACCUGGGAGCAGCCCUGACGGACGGCGUGGUGCUGUGCCACCUGGCCAAUCACGUGAGGCCGCGCUCCGUCCCCAGCAUCCACGUCCCCUCCCCCGCCGUGCCUAAACUCACCAUGGCCAAGUGUCGCCGCAACGUGGAGAACUUCCUGGAGGCGUGUCGCAGGAUCGGAGUCCCACAGGACCGCCUCUGCUCGGUGGGGGACGUCCUGGAAGGGAAAGGGGGCGGGGUUUAUGAGACACUGUGGGCGUUGCUCUCCAUGGCCCCGCCCACUCUUAGCCCCUCCCUGCAGGUCCAGAUGGCUGGCUUUGCUCUCUUUUACCUGUCCGUCAUGUCGGCGCUCUGUGCCAUCUACGUUCACCUGGCGCCGCACGCUUAGAACCGGGACAGAACCCUUCCUCACAUCUGGAGCAGGACAGUUUUACUGUUGUCUCCCUCUGUAACCACCCUGUCCCCUCGCUAUUCUCCCAUAAAUAAGCACAGCUGAGGUUCUGGAGAACCCCCGGUCCAAUAAAGGUGACGGUACCCCCAGUGCCUCCUCGGUUCUGGUCUCAGGAGUGAUCCGAUCUGACCCAUCAGAGAAUCGCCUCUGAUUCGUUCCCCCCGUCCUGCAGUUGUUGGGGAACUGAGAGGGUUCUGGAAAGGUUCUGGAAGGUUCUGGAAAGGUUCUGGGCUCUACACGUGGGGAGACCCUCGGAACCGAUUAUGACUGAGAACCUGAAGCUGCUGGGUCCACUAGGACAAGAACCAGGGUCGUUCGUCACAAAAUAAACUCAACAGAACCAGAACACCCCGUUUUGUUUUUUUUUUGCUUCGGUACCGGCGGUUCCGAAGACGCCGGUUGUUCUACGACAGGUAAUCUGUUUCAUUUAGGAACCGGUUUGUUGGCUCAGACUGGGACCAGUUGGACUUUUCUGGACCUUUUCACCUCAGAUUCGGGGUUCUGACCUGAAAUCCGGGCCCUGAAUAGGACUUUUGGACCCGGACCGCCCGUUGUUAGCCCAGGUAGAACUUGUUGACCCGUCCGUUUGGCCCGGUUCCUGCCUGGUGACGCUCCAACCUCCUCGUGCCUUAUGUUCGCCUGCCUGUCUGAGUGCGUUUUUCACUGUUUUUACUGUGUGGAGUGGGUCAGAACCAGUGGGUCUUCACCGUGGAGUGCAGCAGAACCCAGAACGCCAAUGCCUGGUACCAGACAGAACCGAGUCUGGCUCCUUUUCUAUUUGCUGCUCUCUGGCUGGUUCUGGUAAGAAGCUGGGUUCACUGCAGAGCAUGCUCCAGCGAUCUGAACGUGUUUUUGUAUUCCAGUAAAAGAACCGGCCCGGCCCACGGCGCCAGAACCAUAGAAACCACCUCCUCCGGUGUUUGGGUUGUCCUUCAGCCGCCCCCCCCCCCCCCCCCCCCCCUCUGUCCUCUGCUGACUUCUUCCUGAUUGUCUUUGUGUGGCGUUGCUGCUGUGAAGUCAGAAGAUGUGAGGAAAGUCCAGCAGAACCAGCAGAAUUUGAGCUGAGCUGUGGUUCCGUCACUCAGACGCACAGCUGGACACCAAAGAGCUGAUGAGCUCCUGAAGGUUCUGGUCGAUGUAUUUCCUGCGCUGGUAGCCGACAUGUGGACCGGGACCAGAACUGCUCCCACCUGUAGAAAAAUGUGAAACGGUCCAGUUUUCUAAGCUGAAGAGUGGCGCUGAUGUUUUUAUCGGGCUCUGUGCCUCUGCUUGGUCCCGCUGUUGGACACUUUUUCUUUUUUUUUCUCUGAAUUCUCUAAAUAAAGUCAAGAAAAGCA